AUGGACUUCGCCAGCUAUUUCCGCAGCCUCGUCGAGGUCCGUCGCGCGCUGCAUGCGCAGCCAGAGGUGAGCUUCAAGGAGUUCAAGACCCAAGAAACUAUCCGCGCGUACCUCACCAACGAGGCCAAGAUCCCGGCCGAGACCAUUCGCUCCUGCGCCAACACUGGCCUAAUUGUGGACAUCGACGGUCCCGCGAACGAAAGCGGGUCGUCGCGCAAGUGCGUGGCCUUCCGCGCCGACAUGGACGCGCUACCGAUGCAAGAGAACAACCCGCACCUCGAAUAUCACUCGGCGCAGCCGCACGCUGCGCACAUGUGUGGGCACGAUGGACACAUGGCGUCGCUUCUAGGCUUUGCCGUCUUGGUGAGCCGCCAGCGCCACUUGCUGCCACCCAACACCCGUGUUCGUCUUCUCUUUCAGCCUGCCGAAGAAGGUCACUUUGGUGCUGUCGAAAUGAUCAAGGACGGCUGUCUCGAUGGCGUCGACGAGGUGUACGGGUACCAUAACAUGCCUGCGCGCUUUGGCUUGCUCCUCGUGCAGCCGGGUCCGAUGAUGUCGCACUCGAGCCGCUUCACAAUCCGACUCUCGGGGCCGGGCGGGCACGGCUCAGCCCCCCACCAAACCACCGACCCAAUCGUUGCCGCGGGUCAUAUCAUUGUCGCCAUGCAGUCGGUUGUCAGCCGCAGCGUUCCGGCGCAGGAGAGUGCGAUCCUCUCGAUCACGCAGGUGCACGGUGGCGAGGCCGACAACGUCAUCCCGUCGUCUGUCGUGCUCUCCGGGACGUGCCGUGACUUUUCGCCCGCGGUCUUCGACAUCCUCCAAGCGCGCAUGCACGCGAUCGUCGAGCACACGGCCGCGGCGCACAAUGUGAAGGGCGAGCUGAGCUUCCGGCAAGGCUACCCCGUUACGUUCAACACGACAGACGAGGCCAACGUUGUUCGUGAUGUUGCUCAAGCUGCGCUGGGUGUCGAGAACGUCACUGCUGCGGGGCUACCUAACCCUGCGUCCGAAGACUUUUCCUACUACCUGCAAGCACGUCCCGGUGCCUUCUUCUUCCUUGGGACAAAGGACGAGGCGAUUGCCCAGAACCGCAACCUGCACAGCGAUACGUUCGACUUCAACGACGGGGUGCUUCCAAUCGCGGCACGAAUCUUUCUGGGCAUCGUGCACCAUCGCCUGGGUUGCUCGCUGUACUCGGACGAGGACCUGACUGCGAUUCUGGAGUCGUUGCAGUAG